AUGGAACCAGAAAACCAAACAGCAGUCUUGGAAUUCCUCCUCCUGGGGCUCUCAGAAAAGCCAGAGCAUCACACAUUCCUGUUUGGUCUCUUCCUGUCCAUGUACCUGGUCACCGUCUUUGGGAACCUUCUCAUCAUCCUGGCCAAUAUCACAGACUCCCACCUUCACAUGCCCAUGUACUUCUUCCUCUCCAACCUGUCCCUCAUUGACAUCUUCCUCUCCUCCACCACCGUCCCCAAAAUGCUGGUCAACAUCCAGACCCAGAACAGAGCCAUCCCCUUUGCGGGCUGCCUUGCCCAGAUGUACGCCUUCCACCUGUUUGGCACCAUGGACAGCUUCCUCCUUGCCAUGAUGGCCAUUGACCGGUUCAUGGCCAUUGUCCACCCACUGCGCUACUCGGUCAUCAUGAGCCCCCGUGUGUGUGGGCUGCUGGUGGUGGGGCCGUGGGUGGUCACCAACCUCCAGUCGCUGGUACACACCUGUCUCAUGGCUCAACUCACCUUCGGAGCUGGCUCUGAAAUCCCCCACUUCUUCUGUGACCUCAUGCCCCUGCUGAAAAUCUCCUGCUCAGACACGCACAUCAACGAGUUGGUCAUCUUUGCUUUUAGUGUCGUCCUGGGUAUCAGCCCACUGUCAUGCAUCCUCCUCUCUUAUGUCUGCAUUUUCUGGGCUAUCUUGAAGAUUCCCUCUGUUCGGGGGAAGUGGAAAGCCUUCUCCACUUGUGGCUCACACCUCACCGUGGUGUCACUCUUCUACGGGACCAUCUUUGCCGUGUACUUGCAGCCCGCAUCUCCCACCUCUUCUCAGAAAGACAAAGCAGCUGCCCUGAUGUGUGGGGUGGUCAUCCCCAUGCUGAACCCCUUUAUCUAUAGCCUAAGGAACGAGGAUAUGAAGAUGGCCCUGGGGAAGCUCUUCAGCAGAGUGGCUUCCUCUCGGUCCUAG